ACAGGAAGUGGGAACGAUAUCGCAUAGAGUGAAAGCUCUUGUAGUACUUCACUAUCUGGACAAUAUUGAAAGUCUGGCGGAGUCAGUAUUAACGUUAGUGUUUUUACGCAAAGAGAAAUUCAACCAAAUAGAAGAUUAAUGUCAUUUAGUGGAACGCAAAACGGCGGGCGCCGUAGUAAAUGGGACCAGCCGGGCCCAGGUCCUGGUUCAGACCAGAUGGGGGAAGUAGAGGCGGCUCCUACAGGGGCUCUGGACGCUGCAGCUGCUGUGGCAGCUAAGAUCAACGCCAUGCUGGUAGCCAAGGGCAAGCUCAUGCCCUCCCAGAUAGGACCCUCUGGGCCAUCUGGACCCCCAGACAAGGUUGUGGGUGCAGGGAAGCCCCAGCCUCCUAUGAAAGCGAAGGAUGACCUGGUGGUGGCGGAGGUGGAGAUCAACGACGUUCCUCUCCCCUGCCGGAACCUGCUGACCCGCGGACAGACACAGGACGAGAUCAGCAAAGUGAGCGGUGCUGCUGUGUCCACCAGGGGGCGAUACAUGGCAGCAGUGGAGAAGUACAAGGCUCCACAAGGGGACCGACCCCUCUAUCUCCACGUCCAGGGCCAGACCAGGGAGCUUGUCGACAGAGCUGUGAACCGCAUCAAGGAGAUCAUCACUAACGGAGUGGUGAAGGCGGCCACCUCCUCCUACAGCGGAACCGGAGCCACAGUCCCAGUCUACCAGCAACACAAACCCCAGCCCCCCUCACUGCCCCCCAUCAACCACCAUCACAGACCACACUUUCAGUCUGGGAUGCACUAUGUGCAGGAAAAGUUGUUUGUGGGUCUGGAGCAUGCCAUCCAGGGCUUCUCAGUGAAGGAGAGGGUGGAAGGGCCAGGCAGCUCCUACCUGCAGCACAUCCAGGGUGAGACCGGGGCCAAGGUCUUCCUCAGGGGGAAGGGAUCAGGCUGUCUGGAGCCCGCCUCUGGGCGAGAGGCCUUCGAACCAAUGUACAUCUACAUCAGUCAUCCCAAACCAGAGGGCCUUGCUGCAGCUAAGACCCUGUGUGACAACCUGCUGCAGACUGUUCAUGCAGAGUAUUCUGUCUUCCUCAACCAGAUGAGUGUCAUGAUGCCUACUCCCGGCUUUAUGCAGCCCCCCAUGGCCAACGGGAUGCCCCCCCAGCCCCCUUACUACCCCCCAUCGGGGUACCAGCCCAGCUACCCCCUCCCUGUACCUCCCCCUCAGCCCAUUCCUCCCCCUUAUGCUGUCCCCCCUCCCAUUCCCCCUGGGCUGCCCGCCGGUCUCCCCCCUCCCAACCGGUACGCCCUCCCCCCUGCACCUGUCACUUUACCACAGACUCUCCCACCUUCUCCUUUCCCACCCGCUGCUCCGGUUCCGCCCAAAGCUCCGCCUCCUGUAGUCUUAGCCAAUCCGCCGCAGAAAAGACGCUUCACGGAGGAGGUGCCAGACGAGAGUGACAGCGGUCUGCUGGGAUACCAGCAUGGACCCAUUCAUAUGACUAAUUUAGGUGCAGGCUUCCCUGUGGGCAGCCCCGGCCCAGAGGCUUCAGGACCCCCGCCACAGAGUUCCUCCGGGCCGCCGAGGGAGAGGGACAGCAGUAGGCAGCUGAUGCCUCCACCACCCAUUCCAAUGAACGGAGGCAUGACACCCAAGAUGGAGGAGAGGAGGCUGCUGCAAGGCCCCCUGGAUCCCUCAGUGAAGAGGAUGAAGACGGGGCUCGUGGCGUACGCUGGUGACUCCUCGGACGAAGAGGAGGACCACUCCACCCCCAAAACCUUGGGGGCAGGUAACCAUGGUAACGUCGCUGGGGCCACCCACUCCACCCCCACGUCAUCCCCUGGCUGGACUCUGGGGUACCGCUGCCCCCCUCCGCCUCCCCAACGUGCCAAAACACAGCAGGCACAGUCACAGCAGCCCAUGCCUUUCUGGAUGGCCCCAUAACACAGGAGUAUUAAACCUCAUACCCUCCCCUGACACCUAGGGCCUUCUGGAGGGGCCCAUAACACAGGAGUAUUAAACCUCAUACCCUCCCCUGACACCUAGGGCCUUUUGGAGGGCCCAUAACACAGGAGUAUUAAACCUCAUACCCUCCCCUGACACCUAGGGCCUUCUGGAGGGUCCCAUAACACAGGAGUAUUAAACCUCAUACCCUCCCCUGACACCUAGGGCCUUUUGGAGGGGCCCAUAACACAGGAGUAUUAAACCUCAUACCCUCCCCUGACACCUAGGGCCUUUUGGAGGGGCCCAUAAUGAUGUUUUACACCCCAAACUGAGCCCCAGUCCCCCCCCUUUCUCUGAACCAUCACUCCUACCUGCUCCUCCACUUGAUAUAAUUUAUUUUGUGAUGACUUAGAUUUCGUUAAAACAGUUUUGUCAUGUGCUCAGCAGUAAAGCAGUGUGUGUGUGUGUAAAAUGGACUAAACAGACCGGCUGGCUGAUACAAAGAGAACAGACUCAACCAGCCAACCAGGCACAACCAGGAGACUGACGGACUGGAUUCAUGGUGACAAGCAGCAAGAUGCCCCAGACUUCCACACAGAUUCCAGUGUACUCUGAACUCUUGUAUAGGAGAGACAGCUGAGGAACACACAGAUGGAGGGUAAUAGUGGCCUGUUGUUGGUUGAUUUGGAACGUGUCCACUCCUGGUUUUACUAGUGUAGAAAAGCACUGAGGUAGAAGAGAUUUCAAUGCAUUCUAACUUAUUUCUUUGUCAAAAAAUAUAUUUCCCCCAUCUCCAUUUUCUUUCUUGGUCCAAAUCUUAAUCAAAUCUCCGUCUUCCUUCAUUGAGUACAGAUCAUGUAAUUAUGCUUGUUGGACUUUUAUAAAAUGCAAUUGACUCAACUGUUCUAAUGCUUUUGUGGAAUAAACUAGCAUUAUCUCUGUG